UGUUGAUGAAAAUGAAAGCGAAACAACAAUUUCAUAGAGAUGUAAUUUUCCUGAUUAUCAUUAGGCCUUGCAUUAAAGUUCAACUUGAUGACAGGUCCAGGUACUGGAUUUUACCUAAAGACGCAAUAUAAAGAUAUACAGUGUAACCCAUUUUGACAGGAUUGUCAGAAAAAAGGAAACAAAAUGAGGAAAUCAUCAAGUGGUAGCCCAGAUUCCUACAAAAUUUUAUAUGGAACAUGCCCUGAUGAACAAUGCAAAGCAAAGCUUUAUUUUCCAUCUUACGACAAAAGUAUCGAGUGCACCAAUUGUGGACAAAGACAUGAAAAAUCAGCCAUAAAAAAUGUUGCAGAGGUAACCAAUCCAAAAGUGGCGCUUCACAACAUUCUGAAAAACAUUCUUCUUGGAAAUGUGAAACCUAAAAAAGGUGCAGACAAUGUGAAAGUGCUGGGUCUCUCAAAUUAUGUGUGUAAAAUUGUUUCACCAAUUUUGACAAAAUAUGGCAUGGAUAAGAACACCGGUUCUGCCAAACUGUUGUCAGAGCUUGGCCAGCCAGCCGUCUUGGACUGCGGAAAGAUCUUGGGUGAUAGGGCUUUCCUUAUAGAGGAAGAGAAUCUGGAUAUAAUUGGAUAUGGGAAGGACCGAACAGGCAGUGCUCACUACCUGUCCGACACUCUCAAAGUCAUUAGAAUAGCCAAUGAUAAUGAAACUAGACUGGUCCCAAUUCAUGCUGAUGGAGAUGGUCAUUGCCUUGUGCAUGCUGUGUCAAGAGCUCUGGUUGGACGGGAACUGUUUUGGCAUGGUCUGAGAGUAAACCUUAUGCAUCAUUUUCAGUCAAAGCUAACGACAUAUAAAGAUCUUUUUCGUGAUUUUAUUGAUGUGGACGAAUGGGAGGCCAUCAUCAAUGAAUGUGAUCCUGAUUUUGUGCCACAAGAUGGAGAACCCCUUGGUUUACGAAACAUUCAUGUAUUUGGACUGGCUAAUGUACUGAGAAGGCCAAUCAUUUUAUUGGAUUCUAUCAGUGGAAUUGAAAGUUCAGGCGAUUAUUCAGGUGUGUUUCUGCCUGGCCUGUUGCCUCCAAAUGAAUGUAAGGGGAGGGAUGGAGUUCUGAACAAACCACUGUGUAUUGCCUGGAGUAGCAUGGGGAGAAACCACUACAUACCACUGGUUGGAAUAAAAGGGAAGGAGCAGCCCCUAUUGCCCCGUGACAUGAUCCAGAGGGCAUGGGGCUUGCCCUCCAUGCAGAUCGACAAGUACAUGGACUUCAACGAGAAUGGCAGCUGUGUGAUCGGAGGAAACAAGUGUCUGUCGGAUAAAUACAUAAGGACCCUGGUAUCAGCAAUGGAGAAGGUUUACAUGGACAAGUAUGGAGUUCACCCCCAGCUUGUGGCUGACACUCACCAGUAUCUCUACAGAACACUAGGUAUGGUGGGAGCCCGAAUGGAGGAAGUUCUAAAAACCACCAGAGAAGCCAUUCAGAGGAAGACUCUGUAUCGGUGUCUGACUUGUGAGGCAAUUAUGGAGUAUCAGCUUCAUGAAGAAUGGUUCCAGAAAGGAGGCAGUCUCUAUAACCUGGCUGUGAAGACUCAUGGGAAACUAAAGUCGGACAAAAAGUACUCCUUUCCCCAACAAGGAGCUGUGUGUAGUUAUGAUAAGGAUCAGGAUAAACUUGUUCCCGACCCAGGCCGAUGUAAACCCAGCACUUGCACGUAUUGUCAGGGUGAGAACGUUCGUCUGGUGAAUGGGGAUGGCAGUGUCUGUUAUGAGAACGGCGAUAGAACCAAUACUCCAGCAGUGACCAGUCGAUGCAUGUGUGGAUUUAAACAUUUCUGGGACGGCAAGGAAUAUGACAACCUACCAGAAAUCUUUCCAAUUUCUAUGGAAUGGAAUGGAGAAGUAGUGACAGAAAAAGUUGUGUGGUUUCAAUACGAGUCUGAUAUCACAUUGAACAGCAAUGUUUUUGAAGUGGCUCAUAAGCUAGUCCAGAAACACUUUCCAGGAGAGUUUGGCAGUGAGCGACUGGUACAGAGAGUGGUAGACACCAUACUGCGUCACACAGCCCCAAAAGUCAAGGACAAGGAGGGAGCCAGCACCUCAGUUGUGUCCCCUUAUCAAGACACUGAAUGGUCAGCAGAGGAGCCCUCAAAGAUCAUACUGACUGGGCACAAGCAAAAAACACUCCAUAAGGAGGAACUGACAGUUAGUCAGAAAGAGAAAAUGGUAAAGAAGCAAAUAGAGACUCAGGCCCCGAAACAGCAACAGAAAAAAUCCCAGGAAUUGGCUGCAGCUGGAAGCAAAUCUUCUCCUUCAAAGCCCAAAGUUGAGACUGUACAGAGAAAAGAAUUAUCACCGGUUCCCAUGGAAACUGAUAAAUCCUCUAGUCACAAGAAAAUCCGGGUAGCCACAUCUGAUGGAAGACAGGUUAUGUUGUCUGUAGAAGGACAGGUAAACUUUGAUACCCUACAGAACAUGAUAUACAAGGCGGUGAAGGUUCCGCCGGAGAGACAGAGAAUUCGGAUUGGGUUCCCUCCCAAAGAGUUAAAGAGGCCCUCUGACUCGGACAUUAAUGAACCAAUUCCACUCUCUCACGGAGACAAAAUAUCCCUUGAGAUUAUUCCACUUACACAUUCUCUCUCCGAGUCUGGAGCAGAGAGUUCCCAUAAACAGGAACACAGAGCUUUGAAACAUUCCUCCUCUUCCCCCGCCAAAUCCAAGCAGCACUGGAGCAGCUUUGAGGAGGAUAUCCACUCCAAUUCCUUUGAACCUCUGCUUCAUAGUUUUCAUGAGCAUGCAGGUAAUACUAGUAACAGCUUGGAUGCUGCAGUUGCCUCUCUCACAAUAAUGGCUACCUUGAAAGGUCGUGACCUUUGGACCCAUGUACAGACCAUGCCUCAUUUGUUUUCUGUGGGUGGAUUGUUCUACAAACAAGUGGAGCGUGACUUAGGCCUAGUCGAUGGAAAACAUUGUACUCUACCAACACUUCCUGGAAAGGUAUUCAGAUAUAACCAGCCAGAAAAUAGACUGGAACUUUGUAUGGAACCAUAUGGACAUUUCCCCAUUGAACCAGAUGUGGAGAACAGAGCUAAAGAAACGAGACCCAUAUUUGGUUCUCGAAGUGAAGGGUCAUUCAGUGCAUUCAGUGGUGCUGUGGGACAGGAAAAAAGCAAGCAGGCCGCAUUCACAGGUCAAGGACAUUCCCUAAAAUCAAUGCCUGACAUUGAAAGAAUGCCGGAGGACAUCCCAGAAAAUAUUCAUCACCAUGCUCGGCACUCCCACACUCUGUGUAACCCCUACGUCCACCAAGAGUCCAUUGCUGAGGAGCCCGAGGAUCAGUCUGUGGCCGAGGUGGAGAAAACCAAGGGGGGAGGGGACAGGAAGGCAAAACAUCACAGGAUGGGACCUGGAUACAGUGUGAUUGACCACUCCAAUGUAAACAGAACAAACCAGUCCAUUCAGCAGUUUAAGGACUUGGCCGAGAGCAUUGAAAGAACAAUGCAUGAGGAAAUUUCCAAAAUUGAUGAAGAGAUGGAAAAGCUUGAUGAAGAGGAAGAGGAGAAGAAAAGUAGAACAUCUAGUGUGGGCUCCAGCCAUACCCCUGGUUACCAUGACGAUGCUAAGACUACACAGGACACGUCCCCAAGUGAUACUACAGACAAUAUGUGCUCUGUCACUUCAGAGGCUAUGGAGGUCACAGGAAGUGAGGAAGGGAGAAAACUCCCAACAAUGGCCGACGAUCAAGUCACAGAACCAGGUCAAACAAUGGAUGAACAAUAGUUUCAGCAAUGAAUCCAAAAGGACUCUAGUGAGUUGUUGUUUGGCAUGUAUUAAUGGAAGGAGGCUUGCUGUUGAAUUCAUUGUAGAAUAACUUGCUAGAUCACCAUUAUUAUUGUUUUCACAUUUUGUUAUUGUAUUGUUAAUAAGCAUCGAGCUUCAACAUUGAUUUACCGGUAUGUUUUUUAUUUAAACUUGGAUGUCUAUAAUGUGCAUACAGUGAUAUUUUACAGAUAAUUCAGAUGCAUAUACGUUUAUAUAGUAAAAAAUGCUAGUGAAUGUUAUGGUGAUGUUAUACAUGUAUUAAGUUCCUAAUUUGGAUAGUGAGAUUUUAGCGAAUUACAGUCAACUCGUAACCAAACUGACUCGUACCCAAACAGACUUGUAAUCAAAUUGUUGAGUAAAAAGAUGACUUCAAUUAUAAUAUUAUGCCUUCCUUCAAAGAGUGAGACGAAUUUAUAAAUUUGUCAAGCUAAUGUAUUGGUUUUUAAAGAAAAGAUUGCAUGUACCGUAAACAGAAAUUUUCUAUCAAAUGUUGAUAUAGGGACCUCUUUGGCAAACUUUUAUAGGAGAUGACAAUAUAUUAUCAAGAAUUCUACAUUCAUUUAUCUUAUAAUUUCUUAAUUAUUGUAAUAAUAUCAAAACCUAACCUUAACAGAUUAUCUUUUACAUUUACAACCCAAGGAUCAUUGUUUACCACCGGACCAAUGGAUUAUUAGUCUGUUUGGGUACGAGUCGGUUUGGGUAUGACUUCACUUGAUUCCAUUUUAGCUAACAGCUUCAUCACAUUUGAUUCUCUUAUUUGAAAAAUGGAAAAGGCAGUCAUAUUCAUGAUGCAUAAUCUGUUAAAGUUCUGUUGUGAUUCUUAUUUGUACUACAUGUACAGCCUAGCUGUUUGUGUACUACAUGUAAUUUAGUCAGUAUUGUAACACCAACAUGUUGAAUAAAUGUAUGAGGGUGCAUGAAACAUUGACUCUCGAAAAAUGUUGAAAUCUGUACUGAAGGGUUUGUAGCUCUGAUAAUGAUGGGGUAUGUAUAAAAACACCUCUCUGAUCUAAUUUGAGUCUUAAACUAUUCAUUUUGUCUGCACUUGUAUAAUAUUACCGGUAUAUGAAUUUUGGCACUGUUUAGUCAAAGACCUGUCAAUUCCAAUACAAAACACUCAUCUCAAAGGAAGUCAGAUGAGUUGGACCUCACUAUACAGGUUCUAGAAAUUUUACAUUGUUUGGUUUGGCAUAAUAUCAUUUGUCCUAGUUCUCUAAACGCAAUUUUCAAAAUAGUCCUGGGGGAGGGAGGGAUAAAACUUUUACUUUACAAGAUCCCUUAUGAAUUAAACAAUGAGGUCAUUUAGAUCGAAUGUUUAUCCAUAUAAAACUAAGGAAAUAGACAAAAGUUUGUUAGGGUGGUUAGUUAUGAAUGCCCUCCCCUUCAUACUGCAUGUAGUACAAGAUCAGGAUAUGUUAUGAAAUACAUGUACUUUUAUGCUUGUCAUUUUCAAUAAUGUACAUGUAUGUCUUGUUUACUCUACAAACAUGAACAAUCUAUUUGCAGUCAAUGUCCAAUGCCUAAAUUAAUGUAAUUAAAAAUGUAUUUAAAAAAUAACAAGAAAUGAUUUGCCUUUUAUUUUUUCAAUCGUAUCAAUACCUACUGCAUGUUCGCAGGAUAUUUCCCACUGAUUUUGGGACAAUUUAAACUUAGAUAUUUUAUACAUCUCAGUAAUGGUUUUUGAUAUAACAAUAAUGAAAUUUAUGCAUAUUUAAAAUAUUAUAGAUUGCAUUUUUUGUGGAUUAUAUAUGAUUUUUUCAUAAAUUAACUAAAGAAACAAUAUUACUAAAUGUAUUAUUUUAAGAAAAUAAAAUUUGCGACAUAAAUGA